GCCAGUGGCGCUGCGCUGAGUGCAGCUGCGCUCGCCCGCUCGGUGAGCCCGCGAUCUGAGCCAGGCGGGGGCGGCCCGACCUUUCCCGCCCAGCUUGGGUCAGAGGAAGCCGAAAGCGGCCUCAGCAAGUGGGUUCUUUCCGGGCCUCCAGCUAUCAGCUCCCGAUUUCGUGGUUGAGGGUAGCGACCCCGAUUUCUGUUUGCAUGCACAGCCAGCAGCCCUAGCACCAGAUCCUAAAGCUGGAUAUCUUUUGACUGGGCUACCAGCCCGGGCCUCAAAGUUUUGAGUGAGGGCCGCCGAGCUCAGGCCCCAGCGAGGCUCCGAGCGCCAUGGCCGACCCGCAGGCUGGCUUGGCGGCCGGGGACUGGGAGAUCGAUGUCGAGAGCCUGGAGCUAGAAGAGGACGGCUGCGGGGCGCAGCGGUCAACGCCCCCAGAGCCCAGCCCGCCGCCGGCCGACGGGGACGGUGAGGACGACGAGGAUGACGACGAGGUGGACGAAGACGCGGAAGAAGAGGGCGACGGCGAAGAGGCAGGCGCGUCCCCCGGGAUGCCCGGCCAGCCGGAGCAGCAGGGGGGACUGCAGCCGAGGCCGCCGCUUGCGCCUCAGGCCUCACCCGCCGGCACCGGUCCCCCAGAGCGCUGCACUCCUGCGGGCGGCGGCGCGGAGCCGCGCAAGCUGAGCCGCACGCCCAAGUGCGCGCGCUGCCGCAACCACGGCGUGGUGUCCUGCCUGAAGGGCCACAAGCGCUUCUGUCGCUGGCGCGACUGCCAGUGCGCCAACUGCCUGCUGGUGGUGGAGCGACAGCGCGUCAUGGCCGCCCAGGUGGCGCUCCGGAGGCAGCAGGCCACCGAGGACAAGAAGGGGCUUUCUGGGAAACAGAAUAAUUUCGAGCGCAAAACUGUAUACCAGAGGCAAGUCAGAGCCCCCAGUUUGCUGGCCAAAAGCAUUUUAGAAGUUCUCCUUGGAUUAUUCUACAGCUAUUACAGUGUGUACAUAAUGAACCAUCUUUAGAAAAUAAAAGUGACAUCAGCUCUAGGCUAUCGCCCCAUUCCAGCGGAGACUUAUGUAGGAGGGACCUUCCCUCUACCUCCCCCAGUUAGUGACAGGAUGAGGAAAAGAAGAGCCUUUGCUGAUAAAGAGUUGGAGAACAUUAUGCUGGAGAGAGAAUAUAAGGAAAGGGAGAUGUUGGAAACUUCUCAAGCUGCUGCUCUGUUUCUGCCCAACCGCAUAGUGCCUGGACCUGACUAUAACUCCUACAAAAGUGCCUACAGCCCCAGCCCAGUGGAACCACAGAGCAAGGACUUCUGUAAUUUUUUGCCCACCUGCCUUGAUUUAACCAUGCAGUAUUCAGGGUCUGGGAAUAUGGAACUAAUUUCUUCUAAUGUCAGCGUGGCCACGACUUAUAGACAGUAUCCCGUGUCCUCAAGAUUUUUAGUUUGGCCCAAGUGUGGCCCCAUUAGCGACACCCUCCUCUACCAGCAAUGCCUGCUAAAUGCCACCACCUCAGUUCAAGCCCUGAAGCCUGGGGCCAGCUGGGACUUGAAGGGAGCACGAGUCCAGGAUGGGCUCAGUGCAGAGCAUGACAUGAUGCCAUCGAAAUUGGAAGGCUCCCUGGUGCUGCCUCACACUCCUGAGAUCCAGACCACGAGAAGUGACCUUCAGGGUCAUCAGGCUGUCCCAGAGAGGUCCGCAUUCUCCCCACCCCGACGGAAUUUCUCUCCUGUUGUUGACAUGGACUCCCUGGCAGCUCAAGGGCAUGUCUUAACGAAGAUCAGCAAAGAAAACACCAGGCACCCUCUGCCACUUAGACAUAAUCCAUUCCACUCAUUAUUCCAGCAAACGCUUAAUGACAAAUCGGGUCCUGAGUUGAAAACACCAUUUGUCAAAGAGGCCUUUGAAGAGACCCCUAAGAAACACAGAGAGUGUUUAGUUAAGGAGAACCAGAAGUACACAUUUACAAUAGAUAGGUGCGCAAAAGACCUUUUUGUAGCCAAACAAGUUGGAACAAAACUCUCGGUGAAUGAACCACUGUCAUUUUCUGUUGAGUCUAUUCUUAAGAGGCCUUCAUCUGCCAUCACUCGUGUCUCUCAGUGAAAGGCUGCUUAAACAGAAAGCUGGAUUUUCUGCAGUCUUAGGGUGUUCUUGCCACUUGCUACUUUUUUUUAGGUUGUUUGUGUGAAGAAAUUUCUAAUGUAAAGAUGAUGAUUUUGAAAAGUUUUAUAUAUUCAUAAUAUGCAUGUACUUUUUCUUAUCACAUAUAUUUAAACUUACAGAUGGAAAUUGCCCAAUGCGCAAAUUGUUAAGUACCAUGCUUUACACAGCAUUUCAAAAAGCAAUAAAAUUGACACCGUCUUCUAAAAGA